AUGCGUUGUGAUUUUACUAUUAUAAGCAUAUAAUGUAUUGAUGGAUAUUACUUGGAUAACUUAUUAUAAAAUAUUCUUCAUGCCAACUCAUCCAUGUAGCAAAUGUUAGAAUAAUGGUAAUUAUUGUUUGGAUUGCGCAUCAACCUAUAUGAUGAGCACUUCAAAUUAAAACACCUGCGAGUGUCCUUAUAACACGACUCAAGUAUUAACAAACAAUCCGACAAACUGCAAACCUUGUAAUGUUAUUUGAUAAUUAUGUUUGUUAUACUUUACCUUGUGAUACGUGUUAAGAAACAAUAACUCAUUGUUUAGCAUGCAUUGAUUCUAAUUAAACUAACAAUUCCACUUUUUAUUGUGCUUGUAAUUAUGGUUAUGUAAAUGAGAGUAAUUCUAAUUGCAUACCUUGCUAAAGUCCUUGUUCAACUUAUUCAGUUAAUAAUUCACUGUGAUACCUGCACUGAUUAAAAUCAUUAAAUUAAUUCAGUACUUCAAUAUAUACGUAAGGACAAAUGUUAUUCAAAUAUAUUACUACAUGUGUUUAAUGUGCAUAUCCCUGUUAAAAUUGUAAUGCUAAUGGAUGCUUAACAUGCAUCAAUGCUAUUAUCAGGUACUUAUUGCCAACUAUAAUAAAAUAGUUAAUACAUCUUAAGAAUGUACUUGUAAAACUGGAUCUUAUGAAGAUGAACUUAAUUGUGUAGCAUGCGCUUCUCCAUGA